CCGCCCUGCAGCAGGCGUGGAGGACAUUCCUCAGUCUGGAAGGAGGCAUCUGGAAAACUUUAAAAGCAAAGGGGAGGAGGGGAAGGAGCAUGUUAGAGGGGCUGAGUUUCAGCAGAAGGCUUUAUGAUUUAAAGUGCUGCUCGAUCAGCAGGAGAAGAAACCCCAGGAGGCAGAGUUUUCCAUGGAGCAGGAGAACCGUUGGACGGAGGAGGCGUGAUGGAGGCCAGCACGACUUCUCAGGACUCUGGCCACACCGGCCCUUUGACAGGGGUUCUCAUCUCUUCACCAACCCCCCAGCCACCUGCCAGGCCAUGUCGGCCAAGACCCCCUCCUCCAAUGCUGAGGCCCUCCCAGCUACCUACCCGUCCUCCUCUACCCCCUCCAACCCCUGCAUCACUUCUUCCUUCUCCUGCACCUACUCCCCCAUUUCUUCCUCCUCCUCUUUCUCCUAUUGUCCUCUCCCAAUCUACACCACAACCAUCUGAUCUUAUUCCCUCCUUUUCACCUCCAUCUUUAUCUCCAUCGUCUCCCACUCCAUCUUCACCCCUUCUCCCACUGGCUCCCGUCAUCCCACCAUCCUCCCCGGCUGCUCCACCGCUCAGCUCCAUAGAUAAGCUUGUUGGAAGCGUUUCAGUGUGGCGGCCCAGCGGAUUGAGCCAAGACAAGAUCUUAUGUUUACUAGAGAAGCAGCCAGCAGGAACAUUCUUGGCUCACAGCGCAGAUGAAAAGGUAACCAAGAUUUCCUUCCGACUGCCAGAUGAACUUGGAGCACCGAUUGUACGCAGCGUGGCAGUCAAUCAGCACCAAACCUUUGUCCACCUGGAGGGAUCCUCGCUGGUGUUUGAUGACAUUUUCAAACUGAUCUCCUUCUAUUGUGUCAGCAGAGACAUUCUUGCCAUGCCGUUGAAGUUACCCCCAUCUGUUACCAUGACAACCAGUGAAGAGGACCUACAAGUCGUCUCUGCUCUGGGCGCAGAUUUCUGGACGGCUGACCAGCAGAACCAGAACCAGAAUCCUGAGCCCAACAUCUACCUGUAUGUGAACCCAGUCCCAGUGAAGGAGCAGCCUGGUCCUGAAAGAAAACUUCUGUCUGCUUCCAAGCAAGAGUCCGUCUUCAGUGAAGACAUCAUGUCCCCCAUGCAGAAUGGGGAAAGCUCAAAAAAAGCACAGAUCAAGGUCCCCAAACGGCCCCCUCCCCGGCCUCCCAGCCUGGGUUCUGGUUCUGGGACCGGCCUCCUGUUCUCCUCUCCCUCCUCAGCUCAGACUGCUGCUUCUACUUAUCCAGAGUCUGAGAGGAAAGAAGGAGGAAGGAGAGCAGUAAGCCUGAAAGAGGAGAGGAAGGCAACAUCCCCUCCUCUGCGGCGGCCUUCUGUCCCCCAGCAGGCCAAAGGGGCUCCUCCUCCACCACCUCCUCCUCCUCUGCAGCGUGCCUCGCUACGCAAAGAAGACGGACAAGAUGCUGCAAAAGCCCCUGAGAGAGAAGGAGAGAAGAGGAAAGAGAUGACAGGAGGAGUAGCAGGUCUGCUGGGUGAGGAGGCUGAACAGGAGGCCAGUCGCCAUGAAGACCAGAGGAUGAGGAGCAAAGAGAAGGAGGAGGAAGAGGAGGGGAAAAUGCUGAAGGAGGACAAACCAUCCCAAAAAAGACCCUCCCGUCCCGUCCCGCCUCCCAGGACUAAACCAUCCGUCACAAUCCCACCUGGAGGACCAACCAAUCAGAGUGGACCACCGAAAAUCCCCCCUCCCUCCCCGGCUCGGCGUCCAGAUGUGUCCCUCUAUUCACCACAAGGGGGCGCCGCUCUGGGGGCCGACCUUGAUUCCUGUUCCACCAGCAGCACUGAGGAAGAGGUAGAACCAAACCUGGAGCAAGAACCGAACCACAGGACUCCAGCAGACAGCCACAGCUGUAAGACCGCCGUAAGAAGAACCCCCACCGUGAUGUUGGACCGGGCACGCCACCGCCUCUCCACGGUCCUCACCGGAAUCAUCUUCCAUGAUGGCCGCCUCACCAAGCGCAUCGUGGAGCUGGCCAGGGACCCGCUGAGCUACUUUGGGAACCUGGUGAAGGACCACAGAGCUUUCACCUUGGAGACCAUGUCCAAACACUCCACCUCCACGGAGCUGCUGCAGGAGAUCCGUCUGAUGAUGACCCAGCUGAAGAGCUACCUGCUUCAGAGCACGGAGCUGCAGGCCCUGCUGGAGCCUCAGCAUCAGUACACGCAGGACAAGCUGGAGAGCAUCGUGGAAGCCGCUCUGUGUAAGAGCGUUCUGAAGCCGCUGAAAGAACCCGUCUACAAGAGCCUAGAGAAGCUGCACUCAGAUGCUGGAACCAUGAAACGGCUGGAACAGAACCAGGCGGAGGUCCUGGGCAGCACCACCACAGCUUUAGGGAUAACCACCUCCAUCCCUGAGGCUCCUGCCAUGGAGAAAAUCAGCAUGAAGCUGAACAAACUCCAUCAGGAAUAUUCUCCACAGAGGAAGAUUGAGCUGCUGCUGAAGACCUGUAAGAUCAUCUAUGACUCCAUGUCCAUCAGCUGUCCAGGGCGGGCUCACGGCGCCGAUGACUUCCUUCCUGUAAUGAUGUACGUCCUGGCCAGAUCCAACCUGGCCGCCUUGCAGCUGGACGUGGAGUACAUGAUGGAGUUGAUGGACCCCGCCUUAACACUGGGAGAGGGUUCCUACUAUCUGACCACCACCUAUGGGGCGCUGGAGCACAUCAAGACGUUUGACCAGCAGAGGUCAGCGACGCGGCAGCUGAGCAGAGAGGUUCAGGACUCCAUCCACCGCUGGGAGAGACGGCGGACGCUCAACCAGGAGCGAGUGGGCCAGGGUUCCGUUCGGGACUUCCUCACCGUGUACUGUCCUGAGAUUGGUGCUGACCCCAAAACUCUGGGUAUCAUCCCCUCCAUGACCAUCAAGGAGCUGACCGAGCAGUGCGCCGCACGCUUUGAACAAGACUCCUACACGCUGAGCGUCUACAUGGACGGGGUUCUGCAGCCGGUGGUUCCGUCGGACCUGGCUCUGAGUGUAAAGAACAGCUGCCAGCCAGGAGCCUACUGCUUCCUCUUCCAUCCCAUCGACCGACCCGCCAUGCCACAGGUCCCCGUGUGUCCAACAGAACCGCCUCUUCCUCUACUGACGGAACAGACGGCCAGCGGGCCAACCGAGCCAGAAGAGGAGGAGACUCUGAUCAACCUUUAACCCAUCCAGAAUCAGAACCAGGGUACUGCCUGGUAGCUGCAUCAAGAUGGUGUUGAUGCAGUUUAACUUCUGGAUGCAGUUGAAACUGAAGAUACUCUAGAGGAGAUGUUCAGAACCAAAGAGACCCAGGUUUCUGGUCAGAGGGUCUGGAACCCUGGCAGACGGGUCAGAACUCUUCCUAAUAAUCUUUAUUUUGUAAUCAUCUAUAUUUGACUUUGUGAGAUUCAGGCUGGCUGGUUCUGAAAGCUGGAAGGUUCUGUUUACUUCAUUCAGUGUUUCUCUGUUGAAGGUAGCAGCUGUUGGGUCAGAACCAGACAUCAGACCAAUAACUGAAGUUUCUGUUACACAGAUUUGGUCCGAGUGUUUCAGAGACAAGGAUCCGGGUCUCGUUUUUUCUUGGGUCCCAGCAGGUUCUGGAGAUUCUGUUUCUGGAUCUCCCUGACUGCUAGAUGACGCAGCAGACCCCUGCUGGUCAGGCAGACCAGCAGGGGGUGCUGUGGACGAUUUGUAAUCCUUUAGAAAACACAGAGGCAGCAGCGCUGAAAUGCUGCAAGGUAACAAUGACACUUUGGACCAUUCCGUGUUCUGAUUCUGUUGGGAUCCUGGCUUUGAUGUAGGAUCCCUACAGAACCAGUAGGGAUCCAUCCAAAGGUCACAGGAACCUUGGAUGGAUGACAGGAAGUGAAACAUUUAACUGACAGUUUUCAGGUUUUCUAUGAUUCUCACUGAUGAGAUUCUGUAGAAACUGGACCUUGAGGUUCUGUUUGACCUGAAAGAUCUACAGGAACCAUUGCAAACACAUGAAAGUGGGACCACUGGAAGGUUUAGACUGGUUCAAAAUGACUUCCAGUUUCCCUCUGGGGGGUUCAUCCUCCUAGGAUCACACACACACCUUCUAGGAUGAGGA